UGCUCAAUGUGACCGUCACCCACAGCAAUGAUCGAUAUGAACUUCUUGUUACCCCACAGCAGGAUCAUAGUGAACCAAUUGUCCAAGACCUAGCUGAGCUUGUUGAAGAGGCCACAGGGGUUCCGGUACCUUUUCAGAAGCUCAUAUUUAAGGGAAAAUCUCUAAAAGAAAUGGAGACACCAUUGUCAGCACUUGGAAUACAAAAUGGUUGCCGAGUCAUGUUAAUUGGAGAAAAGAACAAUCCUGAGGAAGAGCCUGAGUUAAAGAAGCUGAAAGACCUGGAGGUAUCUGUAGAGAAGACAGCUGACCACCUGGAAGAGCUUAAUAAAGAGCUUUCUGACAUUCAGCAGGGUUUUCUGGCUAAGGAAGUUGAAGCAGAGGUUCUUUACAAACUUGAUAGGAAAGUAAAGGCCACAAUUGAGCAGUUCAUGAAGAUCUUGGAGGAGAUUGACACAAUGGUACUACCAGAAGAUUUUAAAGACAGCAGGCUAAAAAGGAAGAAUUUGGUAAAAAAGGUUCAGGUGUUCCUAGCUGAGUGUGACAUGGUGGAGCAAUACAUCUGCCAAGAGACACAGCGACUGCACUCUUCAGACUUUGCCCUUGAUGAAUGAAGUGCGGUAGAGAGUGGCUAUGCUGACCUGAAGUGCAGCUUCACAGCUCUGCCCUGUCUUGAACAGAAGCUGCUUGUUUCUUCCGGGCUGCCAGAGGCAACUGGCCAAAUGUCACUUUCCCUACUUCUCCAUCGGUUCUGAAUGAAAAAGUACUGUCUUUGCAACCUGAA